AUGUUGAAGUUUGCGACAACCGUGACUCUGUUCCUUCAAUUACUGCUACAAGUGCAAUGCUUAUAUUCCGGAGACAACUGUUCUGUUGGCAAUGAGUUUGGCGUAUGCUUACCCCUGCGGCAAUGUCGCCACAUCUUCGAGGAAGUCAUGAGGGCAGGCAACCCCAUACCACCACACAUGAGCCACAAACUACAUACACUGACUUGCGGUUUUGAAGCUGUAAUGCCUAUGGUUUGCUGCAUAACAUCAGCUCAAAUGCAUGGAGACAUCAUAAGUCCAGACCGCAAUUCCAAUACAGUGGGGUCUGGAGACGACGUUGAAGCGUAUACCAGAGGAACCCUCGACAAUAAGAAUGGUCCCAGCUUUGUAGAGAGUCAUCUCAACUUGGGACUUCUACCACUUCAGUGUGGUAACAUAGAAAGUGAUAGAAUAUGGGGAGGCAAUAGAACACGACUGUAUGAAAUGCCAUGGAUGGUGCUUUUGUCGUAUGAUUCAGCUCGAGGACCUAAAUUGAGCUGCGGUGGUUCCCUGAUCAACGAGAGGUAUGUUCUGACGGCUGCCCAUUGCGUCUCCUUCUUGGGCAACCGACUACGGCUGGAUGGAGUCAUCCUUGGCGAAUAUGACGUUAAACAGGAUCCUGACUGUGAGAUGUCAGAUGGCAAGAAGUAUUGUGCUCCGAAUAUUAGGAACGUGUCGAUAGCGUCAGUUAUUGCUCAUCCUGGGUACACCCCUCAGAGCUUGGUUGACGACAUAGCUUUAAUACGACUUGCUGAACCAGCUGAUUUCAGUCUUGAUAGUAUGAAACCGGUGUGUCUGCCAGUGACUUCUGAGCUCCAGAGGGAGUCCUUAAUAGGUCAGAACGCCGUAGUGGCUGGGUGGGGAGUGACGGAAGACGGCCUGGAGUCAUCCGUACUGCUGAGCGUCGACCUUCCAGUCAUCAGUAAUACUGACUGUAUGACUGCUUACAGAGACUCGCUCAAGUUAAAAGAGACUCAAAUAUGUGCCGGUGGUGUUAAAGACAAGGAUUCCUGCGGAGGAGAUUCAGGUGGACCUCUCAUGUUCCCGGGGAAAAUGGGAAACUAUGGAGUGCGGUAUGUUCAAAGAGGAAUCGUCUCCUUCGGCUCUAAGAGAUGUGGACUUGGAGGAUUCCCAGGUGUUUACACUAAUGUAGCUUACUAUAUGAACUGGAUUCUGGAUAAUAUCCAGAGCUGA